AUGCCGCGUGAGAAUCAGAAGAGAGGUCGUCGGGCCGCCGACAAGGCCAGCAAGGACGCCGCCAAGCGCAAACGCGAUGAAGUCCCCGAAGAGACCCUGCCCAAGCGCAUGAAGCCGUCGACCGACGACGAGCCCGCCAACGACGAUUUCACCCAGGGCGCCGACUACAUCGCAUUGGAUGCCGAGCCAGCAUACGACCAACAAGCCGAGCAGGAGGGCUUCGACCAGGAGAAUGGCGAUUCUGGCGAGACGGUGUUCUUCGGUCUCCUGGACCCCGAGGAACAGGAAUACUUUUCCCGCGCCAGCGAGGUGCUGGAACUGAACCAGUUCGGCGACGAGGAGGAGCGGCGGGUGUUCAUCGAGAGUGUGUACACGGAGGCUCGGGGCAAGGAAUUGAAGAUUGCGUGCAGCCAGUCGUGCUCGCGGCUGAUGGAGAAGCUCAUUUCACUGUCCGACAUGCGCCAGAUCCGACGCCUGUUCAACAAGUUUAUCGGCCAUUUCCUGCACCUCGUCCAGCACCGGUUCGCCAGUCACUGCUGCGAGACCCUGUUCAUAAAUGCCGCGCCCGGCGUCACGCAGAAGCCAUCGAAGCCUAAGGCGGAGAAGAUGGAGGUGGACGGAGAGGAGGACGAGGAGCCGGAACCCGAGCUGUCGCUGGCUGAGAUGUUCAUGACGGUGGUGGAGGAACUGCAAGGGAACUGGGGAUAUCUGCUGACCGAGAGGUUUGCGUCGCACACGAUCAGAGUCCUCCUGCUGGUGUUGGCGGGGGAACCGGUGGAUCUGUCGUUGAGCGACUCCGUUGUCGCUAGUCGGAAGAAGGAGAGAUUGGGUCUUGCCAACACCGAUACGCCGAAGGAGAACCCUGUGGCGCAGAAGAGAGGCGUCCCGGAGACGUUCGAGGCCACCCUGAAGAAGGUCAUGAAGGACAUGGUGUCUGUGUUGGAUGAUACGUAUCUCCGCGCACUAGCCACCCACCCGGUUGGAAACCCGGUGCUGCAAGUGUUGGUGUACUUGGAGCUGUCGCAUUUUGGGAAGUCCAGCGCGAAGGACCCCAAGUCAAUCACGAGACGAUUGAUCCCCGACGAAGAGUUCACGGAAGGCUCUGAGAGCACCAUCUUCGUCCGUGGGUUGCUGUACGACCCGGUCGGAUCGCGACUGCUGGAAACCAUCGUCAAGUGCCUGCCCGGAAAGUUGUUCAAGGCGCUGUACAAGAACCUCAUGCGCGAACAGAUGGGCUCCCUUGCACGCAACAUCACCGCUGGAUAUGUCGUCCUGCGUAUCCUCGAGCGUCUUGGCAAGGAUGAUCUCAAAGAGGCGGUCGACUUGAUUGUUCCCCAGAUCUCUGGUCUCAUUGAACGGUCCCGGUUGAUCGUUCCCAAGGCCUUGAUUGAGCGUUGUCUGAUCCGUGGGGUCGAUACCGGCCCCAUUGCCCGUGCCCUGGAAGCUGCUUACGACCGCGACCCCGCUCGCCGUCUGGAUAAGAUGCUGUGGCUGGAGGGCUUUUCUCAGGAUGAUGUGGAGCAGCCGAGAUACGGCGAGGAGGGAACCAGCGCACCCAACAACCAGAAGGCUCUCGCAGCGGCUCGAUUGCACAGCUCCCUGUUCGCGCAGACGAUGCUGACUGCCCCAGGAGCGUUGAGCGGGCUGGUGUACUCUGGCCUGCUGGCGCAGUCGACGGAGUCUCUGAUCAAGAUCGCCACGGACCCCACUGCCUCGCAUGUCCUGCAGCAAGCACUCACGCUACCCACCUCGACCACGCAAUUCCGCCGCCAGCUGGUCACCCGCUUCACCGGACAGCUCAAGGAUCUGGCUCUGGACAGUAGCGGAUCGCGCGUGGUGGACGCCCUGUGGCACGCCACAAAGGAUGUCUUCUUCGUCAAGGAGCGGAUGGCGCAAGAGCUUGCGCAGAACGAGAUGGCCCUGCGCGACUCGUUCGUGGGUCGGGCCGUGUGGAGGAACUGGUCGAUGGAUCUGUACAAGCGACGCCGGGGCGAGUGGGCUGCCAAGGCCAAGGGGUUGGAUGCUGUCAACAGCACGGGCGAGCGUCCCAAGUCACGGAUCGAACUGGCCCGGGCCAAGUUCGCUGCUAAGGCCGAGGAGAAUGCUCAGAAGGCAUCUGCCACCAGUUCGUAAUGGAUGGGCGGAUGUGAUGGAAUAAUGAACAAUGCGGCUUUCC